ACCACAGUGCUCUAUAGAGCCCCAAUCUCCACACCUCCUCCAGCAUAUCCCGAACCGGUGCUUCCUGGUCCCCGGAUCCUGUCCACAAUGAGCUUCCAGCUCCGCAGCUCCGCCCGCAUCCCUAGCCGGUCCUGCUCGUCAUUCACCCUGCUGGCAUUUCUGCUGCUGUUCACACUGCCACAGCAUCGAGCUCAAGCUGCUCCUUUCUCGGCCAUGGUUGCAACGGAGCUACGCUGUGUUUGCUUAACCUUAGCUCCAAGAAUUAACCCCAAAAUGAUCGCUAAUUUGGAGGUGAUCCCUGCAGGUCCACAUUGCCCCAAGGUGGAAGUCAUAGCUAAGUUGAAGAACCAGAAGGAUAAUGUUUGUCUUGACCCAGAAGCUCCGUUGAUAAAGAAAGUCAUUCAGAAAAUAUUGGGCAGUGAAAAUAAGAAAACAAAGCGGAAUGCACUUGCACUGGUCAGAUCAGCCAGUACUCAAUAGAAAGAUUUCUGAGGACUCUGUACCCAGGGAAGGCAAGAAAGAAGGGCUGGUUCUCCCCACCUGCGGUUUUUCUUUAUGAACUCCCUGCUUUGAAGAGGAAAGAGAAGUCACUGUCCCUGAAGCUUCCUGCUCAUUUUAGGAGUGUAUUUUAGCAAAAUGUUUCCUAGUCUUUCCUAUCUAUUAUACUAUUGGAAACUGUGGUAUUUUAGUGUGUAAGUCAAGAAUCAUUGAUGGUUAACCUUUCAAAAUGUCUUGAAUUGAAGGUGACUAUUGCAUUGUGUCUUCAGAAAAUGUGUGUGUGUGUGUGUGUGUGUGUGUGUGUGCAUGUAAUUUGUAGUGCCUUUGUAAUGUUCAUGUGAAUGCUGUGGCUUUAACAGACCAGUGACAUUCACUUAGAAGCUGUUGAUAGGGACACCCUCAUCUUCUCUCUCACGAAAUGGGGACCUCUCUUCCUGUUGU